CUGAUCAUUAAGUAGAUGGUUCCUGACUGAGCAAACUACUCAGAAGCUGCUGGAUUAAGAAAAUGUGUACUUGAUGGCCUACUAACCCAGAGCAGGAAUAUGGCCUCAGGAUUAUUUCCAAUUUUCUUUAAAGUGUUUGCCAGCUGUUUACUAAUCCAAGAUUCAGGAAUAAAAGCGACACAUCUCUUCCAUUCAGUGAAUAUGUAUGGAUUACAGUACUGCAGAAUUUUACUACAAAUGCCACCACCUCCUCCCCCACCUUUUCCGCCAUUACUUCAUGCAAGAAUACUUAAGGAUUAUCCUGGAUUCCAGGAACUGACUGGACCAAAAGGUGAAAAGGGUGAAAAAGGAAGAAGAGGAAUCAGGGGACUAACGGGACUUGUUGGUGUGCUCGGAGAGCCAGGAGUAGCUGGACCACUAGCAUUACAGGGCCAGAAGGGACAAAUGGGUGAAUCUGGAUGGCUUGGUGUACCAGGAAUCCAGGGACAAGCAGGACUGAAGGGAGAUCCAGGAUGCAAAAGAGAUAGGGGUGAACAAGGAGAUAAAGGUGAAAGUAUUAAAGGAGAAAAGGGCAUGAUGGGUGCCAGAGGAAAAGAUGGACAAAAGGGUGAAAUAAGUCCAAAAGGUCAAGCUGGCUUGCCUGGUUCACUGGGUUCAAGAGGUAUACCUGGGCAAAGAGGAAUAAAGGGAUUGAAAGGCGGCAUUGGUUCACCAGGUACUCCUGGUCCUCAUGGUCCUUCCGGUGUCAUGGGCCCUCCUGGACCCAUUGGUGCUCCAGGAAAAGUUCAUAUCGUACCUGGACCCAAAGGUGAUAUGGGAUCCCCAGGCCCACACAGGAAGUGCAGUUGUUUUCGUUCUUCUAACUACACUGAAGGAGCACUCAGAAAAGACUACACGGACGUACCUGCUAUUUAUGUCGUGCAAAAUGAAAAAGAUAUGGCUCAGCUAAACAAAAAGAAUAUGAUGGUACUUAGAAAAGAUACAAGAACACUGCAUUUCAGUGAUGGAAUGGACUGGACACCAGUGCAGGCUAUUCUUCAUGGAGCACUAGGCUACUGUGGUGAUGGAAAAAUUCAAGUGGAAAAUGAAGAACAGUGUGAUGAUGGGAACAAUGAUUCAUCUGAUGAUUGCAUUGAUUGCAAAUUAGCCGUUUGUGGAGAUGGCCAUGUACAUACAGGUGUAGAAGAAUGCGAUGGGAAAAAUCUAGGCAAUCAGACAUGUGCUUCUUAUUUACCAGGGUCGUAUGGGAACCUGAAAUGCAGUUCUUAUUGUUACAUCGAUUCAACAGAGUGUCACUACUUUUCUUAAAUUUCAUGGUGCCUUAGAAGUAAAGGCAUGGCAACUGAAUGGUAGCAUACUGAACAUCAAAGCAUUUUAAUAACGAUUAGUGCAUUUUAAACUAUCUGUAAGAAGAAUGUUGUAGUAGGCCACCUUCUUUCAUUUGUACUUUUGGACUAUGUCAUUAAAAUAAAAUGUUUAAUGCUGAUA